AUGGCGCAACACAUUCCGGAUAAUGAUUUAGAUGAAGAAUAUUUUGUUUUACCAGCACCAUUAUUGCAUGCAGAACCUAUUUGGGAUGAAGAGGAUGAUGGUGCUAUUGAUGGUUCACAUAUAAGAAUAGAUAAACUAACAGAAGAUCUAGAUUCAUAUAUUAAUAGAAAACAAUACUUUUCGUUGCAUAUGCAAGGUACAGUGGAUCAUAAAAUGAAGUUUAUCGAUGUUUUCAUAGGAUAUCCUGGUUCUGUCCACGACACACGGGUUUUUAAAAAUUCACCAUUACGUAACGAUCUACAUGAAUUUUGUGGAAAUAAUUAUUUAUUGCUUGGAGAUAGCGCAUAUCCCUGUUUGAAAGAAUUAAUUGUACCGUACAGAGAUAAUGGACAUUUAACUCAUGCACAGAGAUCUUUUAAUCAAAAGCUAAGUUCUUGCAGGGUAAUAAUUGAAAAUGCUUUUGGAUAUUUGAAACAACGUUUUCCACAGUUGUAUCAUUUUAAAUUACGCGAUAUAGUACGUAUGGUGUACGUAAUACAUGCGUGUUGCGUACUUCAUAAUAUAGCAAAUAUGGAAAAUUUGCAAUAUCUUGAAGAACCUAUAAAUGAUCAGUAUCCUGAUAUACAGAGUGAUUCAAAAUAA